ACAUCCAAAAAAAUAAGUGAAAAAGGAGUCGGCGUCCGCAGAUCCCAUUUCACAGAGACUAAGGCAACGGUCUGACGACGCUCUUGAGCAAUUCAACGGGAAAUCUGAAUGAAAUUUUCUGAAAUCAGUAGUGAAGACAAUUAGCUCGGCACCAUGGAUUUCGUUAUGAAACAAGCGUUGGGUGGGGCCACCAAAGACAUGGGGAAGAUGUUGGGAGGUGACGAAGAGAAAGACCCUGAUGCACAGAAGAAGGAGGAAGAAAGACAAGAGGCCCUUCGUCAACAGGAAGAAGAACGUAAGCAAAAACAUAUUAGAAUGGAAGCUGAACGGGAAAAAGUACGGCAACAAAUACGAGAUAAGUAUGGACUAAAGAAGAAGGAAGAAAAGGAAGCUGAGGAAAAAGCUGCAAUGGAAGCACCAAUAGAGGGGAGUUUAACUCGCCCAAAGAAAGCAAUUCCUGCAGGUUGUGGUGAUGAGGAGGAAGAGGAAGAAGAAAGCAUCCUUGAUACUGUCCUUAAGUAUCUCCCUGGGCCACUUCAAGACAUGUUCAAGAAGUAGUUUAAGAAAAGAAUACUUUAUAUUGUAAAUUAUUUUAAGUUACAUGAAUAGGAUUUACAUAUGUUUUGACCAUAUACUAAAUUACAUUUCUUUUUUCCCCUAACUAGAAUAAAUGCUUAUACUUCUACUGCAAUAUAAUUACAAAAGAUUUUUUGUGCCUCUCUAUGAUGUAAGCCAUGGUGAGGGGGUUGACAUGAGCAUGAGGAGUCUGGGUAACCAGUAGGCCUCCUGUAAACUCCUAAAUGUCUCUAUUGUAGACUCCAUAUAUGCUCAUGUAAUAUAGAAACUCUCAACCUCACGACUGGCAGUAUUAAUUUGUGUUCAUCGCUGAGCUUUUCUACUGUAUUGCAGACAUUUUUGAAUUUGCCUUUUUAAGUUGCCAUAUUGCUAUAUGUGCUGUUAUGUGUGACUUGGUUGUUGAUUGUAACAGAAGACCUUGGGGUGGCAUGCAGCUAGGCACCCUGCGUUGUAUGCGUGUAAGAUCUGACAAUUUUCACAGUGAUUUCUACUGAGAUUUUUAAAAGUUUUAUGCAGUCACUUGUUUUGUAGCAAAUAUCUUGCAUGAUUUGCAAAAAUGGUGAAACUGUACAAUAUCAUAAAUGGAACUGCCUUUUUGUUAAAAAAUGGAAAUUUGCAAUAUAAGUUGAUAAUCUUUAUGUUGUAAAAAUAUCUGGCAUCAUUGCUUUUUGGGGAACGUAUGAGGAUCUCUCUGGUUUAAUGUACUAAGGUAGCAGUGUCAUUUUUUUGUACAUCACAGAGAAAAUAUGUUUGUUUAAAAAUGAUAAGAGGCCACCAAUGCACUAAAUUCAAUCCAAUUAUACCUUCAGCAUUGAAAAUGAUUUAAUGGUAAUCAUCAGUCCAUGGAACACAGUGCCCAGCAAAAUGUUAAUUCAACUCCUCCGUGUUUACACAAUACAAUGCUAAGAUGAAUAAUGAAUUGAAUUAUUUCUGAGACAUUCCUAAAUAUUAACAUGCCCAAAGCCUUUCUUGGAGUUGUGAGAGCAGCCUGGGUGUGGGGUGUUUAUGACUGCCACUAUUGUAUUCCACCGUUAAACUACUUUUAGUUCAAGGUUGGAAUCUUGGUAUCUUCAGCUGUUUGGGGGAAUAAACUUGGGGAAAUUUAGCAAAUUGCGGCACAUUGCAAGAUAACCAGUCGAGUACUGAUUAUGUCAAGUAAUGGGCUGCCAUCAUAUUAAAGAAACUUUUUCUUGGUCCACUUAACUUUUUGUAGCCAUUGACCUAAUAUUUUAUACAUUUGUAAGUUUUUGAAAGUUCUUAUUACUUUGGUUACUUUUUGUAACAGAAGCUAUUUCUAUUUUAGACACUAAUUGUCAUGCACAGGUUUUCAGCGACAUAAUUAAUACACAUAGGAACAAGACAAUCUCAAUAUUUAAUGACAGACUUAGCAGAAUAUUGCCAAAUGUAAACCUCAGCAUUCCAGGAGCACUUUCUUAUUGGAACUAGAAUUUCUCUCUGAGAAUGAAAAUAUGGCUUAACAUUUAGUUUUCCUUUUCACCUGUCAUGAGAUAAGACUACCUUAAAUAGUGUAAUUAACCAAUGCUUAAUAAUGAACUAAAACAGGUUAAAUGAAAUUCUACCAUGAGAAUUUUUAAAAAAGCACUUGUAUUUAAAUCACUUUCAUUGCAACAAAGAAAUCACACUAGAUGUUCUUCUCUCCUCAGUCACACACCAAUUACAUUUUCAGUAGUUUAGAUCAACUUAAGUGAAUAGUUGAAGUGUUUUAAUAUUGAUCUGUUACAACUGUUCAGUAGUAAUGUACUCCCUUGUAUGUAUGACUGAUCUGAUCCAAAUGCUACCAGAGUGAAACUAUAGCAAUUUGUCUUUGGAUGUGGCACCGACUGACUUGUGCUGUAUAUGUGGAUUUUUAUUUGAUGGUAAGCUUUGCUGCUUGCAUAUGACACUGUUUCAGCUCUACUGAAUUUCAGUGGACUAACAAUUGUGUUUCACCUGCAUUUCAUUUUACACCAAACCAAAGAGAAAAUGUUCUCUAUGGAUAUCACUGAUUUAAUUGCUUCCCAUAGCAUAAAACUAGGUUAAAAUUUAGAGAAAAUUAGUUUAAAAAUCUCAGGUAUUGGUUCUUGGAUUUCAAACCACUAUGCAGGAGAGUUGCUUGUGUUUGUGUUAUGCUUGCUGUUUCCCACCGCAGUCCUACUAAAACAAAACCAGGUCUCCAUUCAGGAGAAUCCUAAGUUAAUGUUUAAAGUUAAUUUAGGGUUGUUAAGCUUCUUCAGUUAAACUCUUUUUCAAUAGUUAAAGCCAUAUCAGUUAGACUGCAAUACUAAAGGAAAAUAGAAAGGAAAUAUCUUUUCCUAAAAAGAGUGUAUUGAAUAAUUUAUACUUAAAGCAACAGUGAUGUCUGUUUGUCUAUGUGUGAACUUAAUCAUGCUGUCAAAACAUCUGUCUAGUUUUGGACCAGUCUCUGUAACAGGGUAUUUCGCUUGAGCUCACUUCUCAUUCUCAUCAGCCAUACUACAUAGUAAUUACAUUAUCUUAACCAUUUGGAAAUGUGAUCUGCUUUUUAAUGUUGAAUUUCCAUUGCACAACACAAUGGUACACACAUGAUGUAUGUAUUUAUGAAGAAUAUUUAUCAAAGCCAUGCUUGUUCUUCAGAUGCUUGUAACACUCAAGCUAAUAUUCACUAAGCUGUAGAAGAAACGCACGUACAGAGGUGUUAUCUUUACUGAUUGCGAAUUUAAAGUAAAGGCGCCACAAGGUUAAAGAUAAUGGAAACUGAACGCGUUCAACCUUAUUCUCAGCUGGUGUGCCUCUAUGUUUUGAUAGAAUCAAUGGCAUUGUAAUUUAAAUGAGCUGAAUUUGAAGUUUUUUUUAUUGGUUUUAACAAAGUUAUUACCCAUAUUUCAGUGUUCUGCAAAAGGAACUGCUAAGAAGUCUUAUUAUAAGUUGCUACAUUCUGGGAGCUAUGUUGAAAUGUUAAAUCGUAAUAUAUUUUAAAUAACUUUUCACCUUCUAUUUCUGUUGUGCCAUUUUAUUUCUUGCAUGAAAUUAAAUCGAAUGUAGUAAGGUUGAAUAUGUUCAGCAAUGACUCUUUUCCAUAGCAAGCUAGAAAGAUUAACCUUUGCAGCCCAGCAAAACUUAAAAUUCUGCCACUCUGAUUUAUGAGAAUGUAAACUGUGUCCAUCUGAUAGAAAACUGUAAUUUCACUGCAUGUCAUAAAUGUGUAAAUCACUGUAGUACUGUCACAAACUGAACUCAUUAUUCUUUAAAAUAAAAUGGUUUAUAAAAACA